AUGUCAGCAUCUCCACGAUCCUCUAUUAUCAGCUUGACCAAGACCAUCGUUGGUGCUGGAGGGCUUGCUCUACCUUACGCCUUUCGAGCAGAUGGAGUCUGUUUGGGGUUGGUGAUUAUCUCUUUGGCUGCUUUCGCAUCUGGCUUUGGGUUGUAUUUGCAGGUCAGAACCUCGUCCUUUGUAUCUGCUGGAAAUGCCAGCUUUUUCAGCGUUGCCUCCAUCACUUUUCCAAAGUUGAGAACUUUGUUCGACUUUGCAAUUGCUCUUCUAUGUUUCGGCGUGGGAGUGUCCUACUUGAUAAUUGUUGGAGAUGCUGCUCAGGGACUAUUUGCUGAUGCCAUUUCAAGAAACGUCUUGAUUCUUUCUUCCUCCCUUGUUAUUGUUCCCUUGAGCUUUUUGAAAAACUUGGAUUCCUUGAAAUAUAGCUCUGUGGUUGGGUUGGUGUCAAUUUUCUAUGUUUUCCUAUUCGUUAUUUUUAAUUUUGUAUUCAAUGGUAUUCCAAACGACAUGAGAGGCCCUGUUAAUCUCAUCAAACCAUUGAACAUACCCUCCAUCAUAUCAACCUUUUCAAUUUUGGUUUUUGCCUUCUCUGGGCAUCCAAACAUGUAUUCAAUUAUCAACGAAGCAGCAGACAAAUCUGUUGCAAACUUGACUUUUGUCAUUAAAUCCUCCAUAUUCAUUAGCUGGGCUAUCUUCCUACUUGUCGGUUUAACAGGUUAUCUCACAUUUGGUUUGAAUGUUGAGGGCAAUAUUCUCCUGAUGUAUCCCCAGGGGAUAUCCAAACAGAUUGCUACGUUUCUUUUGCUUCUUAUGGUUAUUCUCUCGUUCCCUCUAGUUUUCCAUCCGGUUCGUAUCAGUGUAAACAACAUUUACUUUUCCAUCAAAACCAAGUUUUUAUCCCAAGAAAGGUUGGAGAACAACGAGCUGACAACCCUGCUCCAAAACAACACACACCUCACCACUCAAACUGAUGAUGCUUUUCCUAUUGAAUUCAAGGUUCCCUUUUCUAAUCUGGCAUAUACCACAAUCACUCUCUCGCUUUUGAUCUUGUCUUAUAUAUUGGCUCUCACUGUCAAGUCUUUUGCUUUCGUGUUGUCUAUUGUUGGGGCCACUGGCGGAACAAUAAUUUCUUUUGUCUUGCCUGGUUUGUUUGCAUACAGAUUGUUUGUUGGUGACUGGUUCCUUAAAAAUGCUGGGUUUUUGUUGUUCGUCUGGGGUAUAAUUGUCAUGAUAUUGUGUUUAUCUGCUGCAUUGUUUUUGCAUACAUUUUAA